CCAGCGCAGCGAGGACCAUGUUGCUUCCGAACAUCCUGCUCACUGGUACACCAGGGGUUGGAAAAACUACGUUAGGCAAAGAACUUGCAUCAAGAUCAGGACUGAAAUACAUUAAUGUGGGUGAUUUAGCUCGAGAAGUUUGAUCACCGGAUAUCAUGGAGUCUGGCAAGAUGGCUUCUCCCAAGAGCAUGCCGAAAGAUGCACAGAUGAUGGCACAAAUCCUGAAGGAUAUGGGGAUUACAGAAUAUGAACCAAGAGUUAUAAAUCAGAUGUUGGAGUUUGCCUUCCGAUAUGUGACCACAAUUCUAGAUGAUGCAAAAAUUUAUUCAAGUCAUGCUAAGAAAGCUACUGUUGAUGCAGAUGAUGUGCGAUUGGCAAUCCAAUGUCGUGCUGACCAGUCUUUUACCUCUCCUCCCCCAAGAGACUUUUUAUUAGAUAUUGCAAGGCAAAGAAAUCAAACCCCUUUGCCAUUGAUCAAGCCAUACUCAGGUCCUAGAUUGCCACCUGAUAGGUAUUGCUUGACUGCUCCAAAUUACAGACUUAAGUCUUUACAAAAAAAGGCGUCUACUUCUGCAGGAAGAAUAACAGUUCCACGGUUAAGUGUUGGCUCAGUUACUAGCAGACCAAGUACUCCCACGCUUGGCACACCAACCCCGCAAGCCAUGUCCGUCUCAACUAAAGUAGGGACUCCAGUGUCCCUCGCAGGGCAAAGGUUCACAGUACAGAUGCCCACUUCACAAUCCCCAGCUGUAAAAGCGUCAAUUCCUGCAACAUCAGCAGUUCAGAAUGUUCUAAUUAAUCCGUCAUUAAUUGGGUCCAAAAAUAUUCUUAUUACUACUAACAUGGUCUCAUCACAAAAUACUGCCAAUGAAGCAUCAAAUGCAUUAAAAAGAAAACGUGAUGAUGAUGACGACGAUGACGAUGAUGAUGACGAUGACUAUGAUAAUUUGUAAUCUAGCCUUGAAGCAUGUAACAUGUAUACUUGGUUUUGAAUGUAUUGUACUGAGAUUAAACAUGCAUGCUAGAUGUUUCCAUGUUGUGUUCUAGAAAAAAUAGUAUUUAAUGAGUAAAUAUGCUUACUAUACUUUUCGAUUGAGCUGUUGUGUUGGAUUUUCUUUAAUAGGAUUAGUAAUGGUUUCUCGUCAGCCUUUAAGUGUAAAAAAUAAAGUUGUAAUUCAUGUUUAA